UCUCAUUGGUUAGGGGAGAGCUGGAAGGAGCGGAGACACACACGGUGCGCGCAGCCCUCGCUGCCGCCGCUGCUGCCGCCGGAGCCGCCGCCGCCGCCGGAGUCGCCGCUGCUGGAGUUGUCUCUGCCGCUUUCCCUGCUGCAGCGGCACAAACGUGACUUCCAACGUUUUGAUUAUUUAUCUUCUCCUUUCGGCCCCUUUCCUUCUCCAAGAUGUAACUACAGCUCUGACACUAAGGACCUGCAGAUCGCUUAGGUGGCUUGAGAAAGAGAAAAGGGGAUAUCAAGGGCGUCGUUUUUUUGUGUUUAGGGGGAAAUUUUCUAUUAUAAUGUUUCACUAAAGUGAUUUUUUUUUUCUUCGCAUUCGUCUUUUUUUUUUUUCUUUUUCCUUUUUUUUUCGUCCCCCAUUUCUCGGAUUUAUUGCUAGGAGAAUCACAUUGUGAGGAAAGAAAGUCGGAUUACAAGAAACCACUACAAACAACCCCCUCCCCCAAGGAUUUUUUUCGAUUUUUUUUUUUUAAUUGUCGCGGCUUUAAUUCAUGAAGCAAUUGUCCCCUUUUGCAAUCAGAAUUUGGAUACCAGAAUGAGCAAAGAAAGACCCAAGAGGAAUAUAAUUCAAAAGAAAUACGAUGACAGCGAUGGGAUUCCCUGGUCAGAGGAGAGGGUGGUGCGGAAGGUCCUUUAUUUAUCUCUGAAGGAGUUCAAGAACGCGCAGAAGCGGCAGCACGGCGAUGGCAUCAGCGGGAGCCUCAAGGCAGUGAACGGACUUCUCACUAAUGGCCAAUCUAAAGGAUUAGGACCAGGAUCAGAACAGCUUGAGAAUGAGAAGGAUGAUGCAUCCCAAGUGUCCUCAACGAGCAACGAUGUUGGUUCUUCGGAUUUUGAAGAAGGGCCCUCGAGGAAAAGGCCAAGGCUGCAAGCACAAAGGAAGUUUGCCCAGUCCCAGCCAAACAGCCCCAGCACAACUCCAAUAAAGAUAGUGGAGCCGUUAUUACCCCCUCCUGCCACUCAGAUUUCUGACCUCUCCAAAAGGAAGCCCAAGACAGAAGAUUUUCUCACUUUCCUCUGUCUUCGAGGUUCUCCAGCCCUGCCCAGCAACAUGGUAUAUUUUGGAAGCUCUCAGGAUGAUGAGGAUGAAGAAGAGGAGGAGGAGGAGACAGAGGACACAAAAACAGCCACAAAUAAUGCUUCAUCAUCAUGCCAGUCAACCCCCAGGAAAGGGAAAACGCAUAAACAAGUACCAAAUGGGCAAGUUUUCAAUGGGUCCAGCAAAUCAUCGAAGGAGAAAGAACCUGCUCAGAAACACAAAAGCAAAGAGGCCACACCAGGGAAGGAGAGGAACAGCGAAAAUAAGGCUGAGAUCCGAAAAGACCAGGCUGCUGCUAAUCACCAUCCUGCUACAAACACUGGCUCCUCUACGAAAGGGCUCACUGCUAACAACCACCACACUCUUCAUAGAUCGGCUCAGGACUUAAGGAAACAGGUUUCUAAAGUCAACGGGAUCACUCGAAUGUCAUCUCCGAGUGCAAAUGCAGCCAGUGCCAAAAAGAUGAGAGAAGUCAGACCUUCACCGUCCAAAACUGUGAAGUACACUGCAACAGUGACAAAGGGAACUGUCACGUACACCAAAGCCAAGAAAGAACUGGUCAAGGAAACCAAACUAAAUCACCACAAACCCAGUUCACCUGUCAACCACACAAUCUCAGGGAAAAUAGAAAGUAGCAAUGCAAAAACCCGCAAACAGGUGCUAUCCCUUGGAGCAUCCAAGUCUAACAAUACCGCUGUUAAUGGUGUAAAAGUCAAUGGCAAGUUGAACCAAAAGACAUGCACUAAGGAGGUGGGGAGACAGUUGAGGGAGGGGCUGCCGCAAUUCAAAGAGGGAGGCUGGAAGAGACAAAUCACAUCGACAAGCUACAGUCGCCCACCAAGAGAAUGAAAGGAGCCAUUCAACUUGGCAGAAGCUGCCAGCAAAAAGGCAGCUGUAGAAAAGCCUUUGCUGAAUGGACACCUUAGAAAGGAAGUGCCAGAGAAGAGUUUGGAAAGAAACAGGCCAAAACGAGCCAUGCUGGGAAAGAGUACGCCAGGGAAACAAGCACAUGGCAAAACUGAAAAUGCCUCCUGUGAAAAUCGUUCUACCUCUCAAGCGGAGUCCUUGCACAAGCCACAAGACUCAUGGAAAGCACGAAAAGGCAGUAGUAAGUCUGGGUGGGGGAUGCUGGGGAGAUUCCCAUCCUUAGGGCCCUCCACCAAGGUUCAUGACCCACUGAUAUACAUUGAGUCAGUCCGAGCUCAGGUAGAGAAGUAUGGGAUGUGCAGGGUGAUUCCUCCUCCAGACUGGAGACCUGAGUGCAAGCUAAAUGAUGAAAUGCGGUUUGUGACACAGAUUCAGCACAUACACAAGCUAGGCAGGCGCUGGGGACCCAACGUGCAGCGACUGGCCUGUAUCAAGAAGCACCUCAAAUCUCAGGGCAUUACCAUGGACGAACUCCCACUCAUAGGAGGCUGUGAGCUCGACCUGCCUGCUUCUCAGCUGAUCAAUGAGAUGGGGGGGAUGCAGCAAGUAACUGGACCUCAAGAAAUGGAACAAGCUGGAGAUCUGCUGCGCAUCCCCAAAACUGCACAGGACAGGCUGGCCAAGCUUCAAGAAGGCUACUGCCAGUAACUUGCUCUCCUAUGACUCCCUUCUCCCCCGAGGAGCACAAGAAAACUGGAGAAGGAGGUCUUGCUGAAAGGAAUCUUAGAGAAGAGGAAAGGACCUUUGGAGGGACAUUUGGAAAAUGCUACAAGUUUCCAUUCCUUGCCCCGGUUUUGAGCCAAAAAUGGACCCAUAAAUGGGGUGGUUCACAAAAAUGGCUUCCGCAACAAGUUAAAAGAGGUCGACGUCCCACUGAAGACGGGCAGACGGCGGCUCUUUGCUCAGGAAAAGGAGACCACAAAGGAGGACGAGGAGGAGGAGGAGGAAGGAGUCUGCGACUUACACAAGUGUAUAUACAAGGGUAGGUCUGUUUCUUUAACAACCUUCUACCGAACAGCAAGAAACAUCAUGAACAUGUGCUUCACAAAGGAGCCAACAGUAGCUGAAGUAGAGGAAGAAUAUUGGCGGAUAGUGGAACAGAAAGAUGCCACUGUAGCAGUGCACUUGUGGAAAAGUAGAUACAAAUACCACGGAGUGGCUUUCCUGUAGGGAAAAUCUGAACCAUUUUCAAGGCAUGGGUGGAACCUCACAGUCCUUCCUAAUAAUACAGGAUCCAUCCUGCGACAUCUUUGGUGCUGUGCCGUGGUGACAAUUCCUUGGCUAAAUAUUGGCAUGGUCUUUUCUACCUCAUGCUGGUCUCGAGACCAAAAUCACCUUCCAUACAUUGACUACUUACACACUGGUGCUGAUUGCAUUUGGUAUUGCAUUCCUGCUGCGGAGGAGAACAAACUUGAUGAUGUGGUACAUACCCUGCUGCAAGCCAAUGGCACUCCAGGGCUGGAAAUGCUUGAAAGUAAUGUAAUGAUCUCCCCAGAAAUCUUGUGCAAGGAGGGGAUCAGGGUGCACCGUACUGUACAACAGAGUGGGCAGUUUGUUGUCUGUUUUCCUGGAUCCUUUGUGUCUAAAGUGUGUUGUGGCUAUAGUGUUUCUGAAACAGUGCACUUUGCUACCACCCAGUGGACAAGUAUGGGUUUUAAAACAGCCAAGGAAAUGAAGAGACGACGUAUAGCCAAACCAUUUUCAAUGGAGAAGUUGCUUUAUCAGAUUGCAACAGCAGAAGCAAAAAAGGAAAAUGGGCCAACUCUGAGUACGAUAUCAUCACUUCUUGGAGAGCUCAGGGACACGGAGCUGAGGCAGCGGCGGCAGCUUUACGAGGCAGGGCUCCACUCCUCAGCGCGCUACGGCAGCCACGACAGCAACAGCACGGGGAUGGAUGGCAAGAAAAAGCCUCGAAAGUGGUUGCAGUUAGAAACAUCAGAGAGGAGAUGUCAGAUUUGUCAGCACCUGUGCUAUCUUUCCAUGGUUGUACAGGAGAAUGAAAAUGUUGUCUUCUGCUUGGAGUGUGCCCUGCGGCACGUGGAAAAACAGAAGUCUUGUCGGGGACUGAAGAUGAUGUAUCGUUAUGAUGAGGAACAAAUAAUCAGUCUAGUCAAUCAAAUCUGUGGAAAAGUAUCUGGUAAAAAUGGCAGCAUUGAGAACUGUAUCAGCAAGCCUACACCAAAAAGAGGACCUCGUAAGAGAGCGACAGUUGAUGUGCCAUCAUCUAGGCUUUCAUCCUCCAGUUCAUCCAGAAGUGCUUCAAGUUAAUCCUGAAGAUGCCAACACUCUCAUUUUGUCAAUUUAUAUAUAUUUUUUGUAAUUAUUAUACCAUAGUUUGGAGUACUUGCUGUAGAAUACAAGCUGUCUUUGCACUAGCUCUAAAGAAGAUUUUCUUCUGGUUUUAGAGAACUAAUUUUGUUUUAGCAUUAAACUGUUGAAAUUUUUUUUUUUUUGUACUUAGACUAGAUAGAUAUAGCAGUCUGAUUUUUUUAAACUGCCGUAUGUUCACUGUUUAAAAGCGGCAAGGGGCUGAUAAAACAUUUAUUUGUAUUGUCCCUAUGGCUGAAGAAAUAAAAAAGCCUUUUUGGUAACUGUGAAAAAAGGCUUUUAGCCCAUUUUUUGAAUAGGUUAAAGUUUGAUGUGUUUUAUAAUUUGUUCUCCGGUCAUGUGAGCAGAUUUUUCUAGAGAGAAAGGGAUAGGAGACAAAAACUUGAAAGAAAUUGCUUUACUUUGGCUGUCUUUUAUUCUGUCACAGCAAGAUGAGUUUUGUAAUUUUUUUAAAUUGGAGAAUACACACUUUCUUUGGGAGGUUAUGGCAGCUGAAGAUGGACUUUGUUUCCUAACUGUAGGCAAAAGGAGGAGAUUUGGAGUAUGUUCUCUUUUACCAGCACAUCACUAUGCAUCUGUUUUGAGGGGAAAAAAUAAAAAUUUAAAAAGAAAAAAAGACAAAAAAGACAAAAAAAAAGGACAAAAAAAAAAAAAAAAAAGAAGGAAAAAAAAAACUUCCUGCCUUGAGGAGUCACGCGAGGGGAAAACUGUGCCUGAUUUCAUUAGGAAAUCCAUUCUGUUAUUUUUUGGUGCUGUUGGCUACUUUAUCAAAAACCCUUCAAUAGCAUCCUUUAAAACAAAACAAAACAAAAAAAAAAAAAAAAAAAAAAGAAAAAUGAAAAAAAAAGUGAUUGAAGCCAUAAGUGCUUCUUUGUCAUAGACGUGCAAUCUUUCUAACAUUCCAUUUCCAUUCCACUGCUGUUUUUCACACCUUUACACAGUCAAGCAUUAAUUUUUGUUUUGAAUUUGUUUCAUUAUAUGAUCACAUUUAGAGCCACUAGCAGGUCUGCAUAUUUCUUUUGAAUGUGAAAAUGCAUUUGCUUUCAUCUUGUCUAUUUUUUCUCUUCAUGUUGUAACAAAAAAAAAAAAAAUAAGAAAAAAAAAAAUCACACCUUUUGUACAUAUGCCUGUAAAUUUUUUUAAAUACUUGAGCCUUUUCUUGGGGUGGGGGGAGGGAUGGCAAAGAGACAAGAUGAAGAAAAGCCUUACGUUUCACUUUCUUCAUCGGUUGGAUUGGAUGCUUACAGGGUUUUUCUUGUAACAUUUAUAAGUGCUGCUUACAUCACUGAACAACAACAAAAAAUAAUAAUGGAGUAGCUGUUGCCCUUUUCUGGUUGUGUGUACAGUAUGUGUGGAAUAAAAAAGGGAAAAUGUUUUCACAAACUGUUUUGUUUCGUAAUUGAAUUCAACAAUACCGUAGCUACCCAUAUUGCACUGAGCUUGCCAGUGGUGACUGUCAGGAAAGUCCUAUAAUACAAUUUGUUGGUUGUUGUUGCAGAAGACUGAACUGUUUUGGAAUAUUUAACAAUAACAUAAACCGAGUCAAGUGUUUUCAAAUGUGGUUGUCUGGUUUUUAUGGCCUUGCUGUGUACUUUUCCCUCUUGACAGUAAACUUCUGACUAUGGCUUACAGUUUGACAUUUAAUUUAUUAGCGCUGCUCUGCUCUCUUUCCUUGUAAGGAAAGACUUCAUGUUGUUUAUUGCCAGUUUUUUGUUUACUUUCCAGGUUUGUACUACGAGGUUUAAUAAUAAAACAAAACUUUUUUGGA